GAGGGUCCGGGGAAGGGGAGGGGAGGCUGAGGUGAGGUGUGCCCGCCUCGCACCGCUCUGUCCUGGGGGGUGACGACGCUGCCUGCGCGCAACGGAGAGUCGGCGCAAAGUUUCCUCGAUGGCGCUGGUGAUGGAGCCGGUGAGCAAAUGGAGCACGAGCCAGGUGGUGGAUUGGAUGAAAGGUCUGGACGACUGCUUGCAGCAAUAUGUGUGUGUGUUUGAGCGUGGAGGUGUGUGUGGCGAGCGGCUGCUGAGGAUUAGCCACGCCGAGCUCGAGGAGCUGGGAGUUUCUCGCAUUGGACACCAGGAGCUCAUUCUGGAGGCCGUCGACUUGCUCUGUGCUCUGAACUCAGGACUGGAGACGGAGAGCGUCAGGACUCUGGCUCACAAACUCGGCGCUUCGGCCAAAAACCUGCAGAACUUCAUUUCCGGCCGCCGUCGCAGCAGCCAAUCGGAGAGCAGGAGCUCACGGCGGCUCCCCAAUGAUCUGCUGACCUCCGUGGUCGACCUCAUCACCGCCGCCAAGAGCCUGCUGGCCUGGCUGGACAGGUCUCCCUUUGCUGCAGUGGCAGACUACUCAGUAACCCGAAAUAAUGUCAUUCAGCUCUGCCUGGAGCUCACCACCAUUGUACAGCAGGACUGUACGGUGUUUGAGACGGAGAACAAAAUCCUUCAUGUGUGUAAGACUCUGUCGGAGGUGUGUGAGCACAUUGUGUGUGUGUCAUCGGACCCGCUGGUUUCUCAGUCGGCCCACCUCGAGCUGGUUCACCUCACCAACAUCAAACCCUCCGAAGGCCUGGGAAUGUACAUAAAGUCAACCUACGAUGGCCUCCAUGUGAUCACAGGAACUACUGAAGGGUCUCCGGCUGACCGCUGUAAGAAGAUCCAUGCAGGAGAUGAAGUCAUUCAAGUCAAUCAUCAGACAGUGGUGGGCUGGCAGUUACGUAACCUGGUCGGCUCGCUGAGGGCCGAUAAAGGCGUCGUGUCCCUGACCCUGAAGAAGCGUCCACAGAGCACGCUCAGCUCCGCCCCUGCACUGCUGAAGAACAUGCGCUGGAAACCCCUGGCUCUGCAGCCAACCAGAAGCCCAGGCAGCAGCUCUGCCACCCCUUCAGGAACUCCCACCAAGAACUCGGCCCUCCAGGACCUCUACAUCCCCCCUCCACCGGCUGAGCCCUACACACCCAGAGAUGAGACAGGAGCCUUGUCUGGGGAUGAGGCAUCUCGUAACCAUGGUGGCGUCAGCGUUGCUAAGCGCUCUGAGUCACCGAACUCCUUCCUGGAUCAAGAGUCUCGCCGGCGAGAAGAGGAGGAGCCAGUGUACUGCACCACGCCUACAUACGGCAGGCUGAGGCCCAUCUCCAUGCCGGUGGAGUGUAACUGGGUGGGCGACUACGAGGAUCCAGCCAAGCUCAACCGAGAAAGCCGCAGAGAGGCGUCGCUGAUGCGCUACGUUGGACUGUCAGGUGGAGAUGAACGCACCGGUUCUGAUGAUUACUCCUCCCAUACGGCUCGUCCGGGCAAACGGUCCAAUGACACGGCCAAACGGGCCAAGAGGCGGAGCCACCACAGCCAAAGCCCCUCCCACUACGUGAUGCAGACAAAUCAGAGGGAUUCACCUCCCAGAGACCCCGCCUCCAUUUACCAUACAUACCAGCAGUCGUCCUCGUCUCUGCAGUCCAAGAGCAGGAAGAAGAAUAAAGGACGAGCUUUGGCCUCCCUGAGUCGGAGGCGUGUUUCCUGCAAGGCUCUGGGCCGAGGAGACUGCGAGGGCUGGCUGUGGAGAAAGAGGGACGCCAAGGGUUACUUCUCUCAGAAAUGGAAGAAGUACUGGUUCGUUCUGAAGGACAACUGCCUGUACUGGUACAUCAACGAGGAGGAUGAGAAGGCAGAGGGUUUUGUCAGUCUUCCAGAGUUCAAGAUCGACCGGGCCAGCGAGUGUCGCAAGAAGUAUGCUUUCAAAGCCUGCCACCCCAAGGUCAAGAGUUUCUACUUUGCAGCAGAUGGAGUGGAUGACAUGAACAGGUGGCUGAGUCGUCUCAACAUGGCCGCCGUGGGCUACGCAGAGCGGGAGAGGAUACGCCAGGAGCAGGCAGAUUACUGGAGUGAGAGCGAACACGAGGAUGACGCCACCUCCAGCCCCAAACAGGACAGUCCCCCACCUCCAUAUGAUACCUACCCACGGCCUCCAUCAAUGAGUGCCUACUUGGAAGGCCGGACCACUCGGCUGUCUUCCACGGAGACGUCUCGGUCCCGUUCGUCCCAGGAGGACUUCCUGUGUGGUGAGCCUCCGGGGGUGGCUGCCGAGCCGCAGUACCACCCUGGUCCUCUAGGGGGAGGAACCACACAUAGCGGGAGGAAACCAGGGGGCAGCAACAGCAGCGACGUGCCGUACAGAUGUGAUCCUGUGGAGUACCGCUCGAGUCCUGCAGGCGGCAGCAGUGAGACGGGGUCCCCUGGUCGCUCGUCGUCCUCUCAGAGACGUUCUUGGCAGGACCUGAUCGAGACGCCGCUGACUGAAGCUGGACUGCACUACCUGCAGACUGGACCACUUGAGGACGCGGUCUUCGCUGAGCCUGGCCCGGGCGGCGGGUCGAUGAUGGCCGGAGCCGUUUACACGCUUCCCGCUCAGAGGAAUGUCCCGUUGCCCAUGGCGAUGCAGAGGCUGAUUCCUAUGGCAACCCAGGGAGGGAAACCCCGCAGCUUCACACUGCCACGAGACAGCAACCUACACACACUCCUCGCGCCGCCUGCGAAAGAAGAACAGCAAACGCACAACGGUGGAAGUGAAGGUGCGUCCCUGGGCGACCUGUUUCGUGCAUGCGAGCAGGGCGGGGUCUGUCCUCUGGGCCGGGGCUCGGAGGCCAAAGAUCAGUCCGAGUUCAGGCAGUCGUUCCUCCGACGGGCCGCAGACCCUCAGCUCAAUGAACGGCUGCACCGUCUCCGCAUCCUGACGUCCACGCUCAAGGAUGUCCCGCCCCUGGACGCAGAGCUCCCAUCGGGAUGUUCAAAUUAGCCUGACGGACAGUAAGAACAGCCAAUGAGAGCCUUUCAUCCCUUAAACAAAUAAAGUUACCUGUCUGGGCCUGUUUGUGUGUGAGUGUGUGUGUGUGAUCGUCCUUGUUCCUCAAAACCCCCUGUUUUGGUUGUGACCACUAUUUCCUGGUUCGUAUCAUGUCCCUAAAAGGGACUUAUGUCUUUAUGAAAAUUGGGACACACACACACACACACACCGGCAGAGCUCAGCGAUCUGCCUGCUAACUCGAUGUUCUCCUGCUGCCUGCCCUGGCGUCCUGUCACUUGGAUUUGAUGUGUGUUGUUUUGUACUGUACUGUAAUGUAUAUAAGCUCAUAUUGUACAGCUGUACAGAGUGGGAGUGUGCUGUGUGUCACCGAUGUCAGUGGAUGUUGUUCUGCAAAGAAAGAGUCACAUAUUUUAUAGACAUUAAGGUUUUAGGGUCGGAAAAGGGAAGUUUCUGGGAGGAAAAAAUGGGCUCCUUCACAGCAUGUUUGCUGAGGUUCGUAUUGCUGUAACGCUGCUUUGGCUGGAAUCGUUUGCUGUUUUUAUGCUUAGCGUCAGCAAUCAUCUUCUGACAUUCCCCGCCCGGCGCAACCAAAGAUUACAGAAACAAUUCAACCCAGAUUGAAAAUUCAGCCAUUAUGCUUCAAAAUCCAUUUAGAAGGAAACAAAAACCCACACGCUGUAAUUCCACGUCAGCCUCCGCAUUAUGAAAGGAAAGCUGUGACAGUGAAGGGUUUUUGUUGCUACUUGUUAGCACAAACAGUCAGAUGAUGUUGAAAUGGAAACUAAAACCAGCAACUGUCUGAUUUAUUUGGAAAAGAAGAUGCCUCUGUUGACCCCCAUUAUGCAGGAUGUUUUACCACCAAUCACUGCUGUCGAAAUGCCUUGUUUAUUAAUUAAGGAGUGUCCGCCAAAAAUCACUGGUAGCAGCUAGUUAUCCAGUUUUCUAUCAUAGUAAACUCAUAUUUUUGAAAAAUAUUGAAAAAUAUCAGAAUAAUAGCCAUUUUCUGCCGGUUUAUAUCCUGAGCAGCGGAUUUUUAAAUGGAACUAACUGUCAGAAUUAUGGAUAACCAAAGUAGUUAGCUGUAGCGUUGCAGCUAAAAGCUUUUAAAGCUACAUUUUGACACAAGGUCCCUCUACAAAGCUAAGUUAGGGAUUAAUCAAAUGAUAUCAACCCAAAUAAUAUAGACUAAAAAUGGCUUUUUCCAGCUUUGCCUAGCUGGUAAUCCAUUAUUGGCAACAGUUUGGGCACACUCACUUUGGGACAAUUUCACUUUCAAAGAGACAAAGAACAGGCAAAUGCUCGUUGCGAUAAUGGUUUAAAGAAUAAUCCUUCAUGCAUGUAAUACCUGAAAGACUGCUCCACAAUUCUCAUUCCAGAAAGACGAAGACAUAGACAUAAGCGGACUUAUGUUAGCAGCUUUGUGGCUCAUAAGCCCAAUAUCAUACUAAGCGAGACUUCAUGAACCAGACAGGGUAAAUACAUAUAGAGUCCCAUCCCAACCCAACUGGUUGAGGCAGAUGGCUGCCCUCCUUGAAUCUGGUUCUGCCGGAGGUUUCUUUCCUUUAAAAUAGAAUCUUUUCUUCCCACUGAUACCAACUUAUUGGAUUUGUUGGGUUCCCCUACAAUGUCAAGUGUCCUUAGAUGACUUCUGUUGUGAGUUGACGCUGUAUCAAUUAACACCCUUACUUCUGAAGUGUAAGACCUUCAGCUACAAACCAUUUUAGCUUUAAAACCCACUCUUGAAUGCAGCAGUGUUUGUUUAUACAGAUACAGUUCAAUAAAUCGCCACUUUUAAGCCAUAAAAACUGGACUUUUUAAAGUAGCUGGAGUUGAUCGGUCCAUCACACCAUUGUUACGGUGACUUAAAAAGUCCCAACAAUAAUGAACAUACUUCAGUGAAAAUGUUUCAGACUUGAUGCUUAAUGAGAGAAAUUUCUAGAACACAGCUGUUCUGUAAAAUAUCUCUAAUUUAUAGUCCCUUAAACCUUCAUUACGCAGCAUAAGCAGCACACUCCAGGUGUUUUAUAACCAAACAAGUGCACUGAAGCUCUAAAUAUCUACUUAUUCAUCAUCUCUAAUCUUCUCACUAAUAACACCCACAGCUGAUUAGACUGCUUUGGGGUAUUUGUGCAGCCAAGCGUUGGCAGUGAAGAAUAGGUGCGACGGAAGUAAAUAUUGGACCCAAACUUCACCACAUAAAGCAUUAGGGGGGAUUUAAUGGCUCGGUUUUGGACUCAUAUAAAGGUAGUAUCUGUGAGGAGGCUGAUAUUGAACUACAGAGUGUAACCUGCUGCAUUUCGAUCAAUCCUUUGAACAUUUUUUUUGAAGGUGAGCUAAUCUUUUAAGCUCCCCUGCUGACUAAACUUGCUGAAGGUGUUUCGUGAACAUGAAGGGAACGCUGUGAUAAAAAGGGAGACCCCAGACUUUUAGGGGCAACAGGGUAUAUGUCAGAUAAAGAAACACUCCCAGACUUUCUUUGAACAAGGCGUAAUCCUUAUAUCUGUAUAGCUGGGUGAGAAACAUCAAACUGACUGGAUUUUACUCUUGGGCGUGAAUGUUAACACUGUUAAGUUUCUGGUGGUGGACAUUUGCCAAAAUAUCCCUAAUGUCUUAACAGUCAGGAGUAAGUUUGCUCAUUAAAGGACCUCACUGUUUGUGCAAGUUUUAACCCUUAACUACAGGUUUAAAAAUGGAUUUUCUUGGUUCCAGACAGCCGCUGGUUUCCAUUUAUGUCAGUAGAGUAAUGAAAAUUGAGUUGUCGAUGGACUGUUUUUGGUUUUGCUGCUUUCAUGGUCACACUGUUGUUGAGAUCAUUGUAAAAACCUGCUUUUGUUUGGUGUAAAAGAGCGACUUAUUUAUUAUUGUCAAACACACAGUGGACAGUUUUGAUGCUGUAAAACCCAAGAUAUCGCCCUUCUCCUUCCUGUCUUGUUGCCUACUUUACCCACAAUGCACCAGCUCUGUUUGGAGAUUCUUUCUUUUCAACUAUACUUGAUGUGUAUCUUUUUUCAUCUACAUCCUGCUGCUCUAAAAAUGCAAAUGUCCCCAUGUGGGAUUAUUAAAGCUCAUCUUAUCCUCAUUCGUUAUACGAGUAGCAACCACAGACUGCACAUAAAAAAUGGACGUAGCCUCCAGGUCUGGAAAGCGAAACCAACAUGGAAGUGCCUUAAACCUGCAUUCUUUGUAACAGCCAGCAGGGGGCGACUCCACUGGUUGGGCAAGGAAAUCUGAUUGAUUGAAAUCUAUGAGAAAAUAGCCUUUAUUUGUUACCUCAGCAAACAUUUUCCUCAUGAGUUUUUGGUUUCGGUUGCUUGUUUCAGGGCAUCUUGAAUACAAGAUGUUUGGUUUGGUAAAUUAUGGUCCCAUGCAGAGUAAAAUGGAUGACAAAGCUGAAAAUGUUUUAGGGCUGGGCUACUUUCAGAUUGACAGGUCGCUAUUGUGUUGCGCCCCUGAGUAAGAUCCACUCCUUGCUCACCAUUUCAGGCUUCAACAGAUCAAUGUGGCGAUGACAAAAUGUCAAAUUUAAGGGUUCAGAAGGGCAGUCAACAAACCACUGGGUGGCGUCAUGGUGGCUACGUCCAUCUUCACAGUCUAUGGUAGCCUUGAGCUGCUAGCCACAGCAGAAAUUAUAUUAGAUUUUAAAGCAAAGCCAACUGAAGUGACCUUGUGCAACCCCAAGAGGCUUUAUAUGACUUUUAUCCACACAUGCGUUGGCAUUCCCAACACUUUGAUGAGAAAUUAGUCGAGUUUCCUGCUUAAAAAUUGUAAAAAGUUGUGAUAAUCUGUAAAAAACUGUAAUGUGCUGUGUCAUCAGAAAAUAAAACCCCCAAUACAGAUAAGAAGAACACGCUGACAUUGUAAGAGGCAUCAUGUGAAUUUAGACUUUUCAGUCUGUUGAGUUAUAUUAAGCUGAUAAAGACGGUGGUUUGUGGAUUUUCAGACUGUGGUGGUUAAAUGGAAAGCAAUAGCUGUCUGAAAUAUAUCUGUCACAUGUACGAUAUGCUUUUGAAGAUAUUUAAAGCUGAAAUAAGUAAAAGAUUUGUUAUUUAUGACAUGAAAUGUGCAAAGCACUCUAUAUGUAAGAGAGUUUUUAUGAUUCAGAUGUUUAUAAUGUGAAGCUGUUGUCGUUUGUGAUCAACCAGCGAUGGACUCUCUGCUGGAGACUGAACUACGAACCUCAUGUUUGUACUGCACUGUCCUGAUGCCUAUCCCAUGGUUAGACAUGAAAACGAGCACAAUGAGAAGAGGGAUGACGGAGGAAGCCUUCUCUGACAUGCACACACAAAGCCAUCGCCACAAACAGACCGCUCUGCAUAUGUUCGCCUCGCUGAAACUCUGCACUAAUAAAGCCUUGAUACCGCAUAUGCACAGUCUGAACUCUGUACUCCUGAAUAAAUACUUUAAUGUGGAA